UCUAGACAUCCCUUAUUUUCUCUCUCUAAAUUCCUCAUCUUCGUCUUUCUACAUUUUCUCUCACUACAUAAAAUCUCUGAAAAUCCAAGCUCUAAAAAAAUGGCAGGGAGAGGCAAAACCCUAGGUUCUGGGGCGGCGAAGAAGGCAACAUCUCGAAGCAGUAAGGCUGGUUUGCAGUUUCCGGUGGGUCGUAUUGCUCGGUUUUUGAAGGCUGGGAAAUACGCCGAGCGUGUUGGUGCUGGAGCUCCGGUUUACCUCGCCGCCGUCCUUGAAUACCUUGCUGCUGAGGUUUUGGAAUUGGCAGGAAAUGCCGCAAGAGACAACAAGAAAACUAGAAUUGUGCCAAGACACAUUCAAUUGGCAGUAAGAAACGACGAGGAGCUAAGCAAACUUCUUGGUGAUGUGACCAUUGCCAAUGGAGGUGUGAUGCCCAACAUCCACAACCUUCUUCUCCCAAAGAAGGCUGGUAGCAACAAGCCUACCGAGGAUGAUUGAAGAUUUCAUUUAGUGAUCAAAUGAAAAUGUGGAUCUCAAUAGAACCCGAAAACUCACUGUUGUCGGCUGUUCAGUAGAUUUUAUAGGAAUGUAGUUAGGGUAUUAGGGGUUUCUCAUCAUAUCAAUGAUCAAUUUGUUGUUACUCGUGGGGUUUUGGUUAAUUGUAGUUGGGUUAAUCUUAAUUAAUAUAUUAGGGGGCUUUCGAUUGAUUUUUCAUACUUCUCAAUGUGUAUAAGGUUUCUUGUUUCCUGAUUUUCCUGACAAUAUGAAUGAAGCAACUAUGAAAUUUGUGGAAAA